UUACCAUCAAUAAAUAUUAUUUUAUCAAUACUGAAACAUGUCAGUGUGUCAUCAUCGAAACAGCAGAACUUUCGGAUUUUAUUUGAAAAUUAACAAUUAAGUAAGUAGUUAAAUUAAAUUAAAAUGCAAUCGGUGGUUACAUUUGAAAAACCGAUACAACAUGUCGGUUUGGCCGAUUGGCAUGCCAAACAGUGGGAGAUUCAACAAACCAACGACACAAGGCGAAAUGAUGCAUUUAAAUUGAGACACGAAGCGCGACAAUUACGCAAUGAAACACGAAUUCGUACCGAAUGGGAUACGUACCAUAACAAUGCCAGAUUGGCCGAUCGGAUUACGGAGUUAAGUCGCUGGAGGGAAACGCUAGAAGGUUGUCUAGCACGCGUGGACAAGGAAAUAAAUUCGCUGAAGGAUGAAAAAUUUGCAACGGAACGCGAGCUCGAUGCUCUUGGUAUACCACUGGGGGUGAUUUCGGAGUGUAUCACGAUGAGAGACUGCCGUCAAGGUACUGAGUUAACAUAUGAUGAUGGUGACACCGAAUUGAAAAAAGAGCUGUGUGUCGUGGAGAACGUGAAGAAGCUAUUAAUGGACAGAUGCCAGGCCACAUGGGAGAAGCUUAAUAGAUUAGAAGAGGUGCGUUUUAAGUUACGUUUGGAUAUUAAUGACAAAAAGGAAUCUAUCGCUAUUGAUACCGAUCAGCUAACAUUGGACAAAAAUUGCGCAAAUAUUAGUUUCAAAACUGAUCCCUUAAAAAUUCCGCAAGGCUCCAUCCCUUACGAAACAUGGUUGGAACAUUCGCGCUAUACCAAGUUGCUAGCAGACAGCGAAUUAACAGACACAGCCAAACUAAGAGAAGCCUUAUUUGUGGUCCGAGAACGCGCGCGUAAUGACAUGAGGGCGCAAAGAGACUGCGUCGAUUUCACCCUUCGCAAACGAAUUUACGAAACCCAACGCGCCCGCAACGAACUGGAGUGGCAGCUGAUGAAGAUGCAUGACGAAAUGGACAAGGUGAUUAAAGAAAUCGAAACUCUCAACGAAGCUCUAAGGGCCAAAACGGACGCGCUGAAGCUAUGCGAAACUCGCUUGGAGAACAGGUCGUACAGGCCGGGCAUCGAAUUGGCACGCGACGAGGCGGAGGCCGGUCUGAAGGACGAGGUUUUGCAACUUCGCCAAACCCGCAAGGAUUUGGAGGAUAAAAUUUAUUGCGCGAAGGCCACUUACAACGCUUUGGAAAACCAGCAAGUUAUUAUAGACAGGGACCUGGCGAAUAAAAGUCAUUCGCUGAUGACCGAUAUUAGAUGUCUUGAUCUUAGGGCUAGACUGAAAACCGAAUCCGUGUCGGAGACCGAUCGAAAUGUCACCCUUGUGCACAUGGAAGAUGAGAUUCCACCAACUUAAAUUAAAAAUGCAGAUAUAUUUGUAACAGACCUUGGAUAACGCACCUUCCGUCCACUAUACCUGUUUAUUAAUUGAAAUAUUGCAAAUUAUGCAAGGUAAUUGAAAUGGCGCACUAUAUCUUUAAAUAAAUGACUUUACUAGAA